CGACCCGCGAUCCGAUUUCGAGCCACCCUGAAAGCUUCAGUUUUCUUCCUUUGCCAAAUCAGUUCUUCAAAAAGUCCGGGUUCGUUUCAGAAAUUUCUCUCAAGGGCUCAGGCUCCCUUUAUUCGUCUAUUUCUCUUCACUCUAUUAUUCUGACUAUUUCUUCCGCAAAUUUUCAGUUAUAGUUAAUAGGAUAAUUGUUACGACAAAUAGAUGAGAUGGAUCACCAUGAGGAUGACUGUCGUGCUGGAGGUGAACACCAUGGCAAACAAGAUGAUGAGGAAGCUGUUGCUCGUCUUGAGGAAAUGAAGAAAUCAAUCGAGGGAAAAAUGGCUCUUCGUCAAAGCAAUUUGAAUCCUGAGAGGCCUGACUCUGGGUUCCUCAGGACAUUGGAUUCCAGCAUCAAGCGCAAUACAGCUGUUAUUAAAAAAUUAAAGCAGAUAAAUGAAGAGCAGAAGGAAGGAUUGAUGGAGGAGCUACGAAGUGUUAAUUUAAGCAAAUUUGUUAGUGAAGCUGUGACUGCUAUUUGUGAUGCCAAGCUUAAAAGUUCUGAUAUACAAGCUGCAGUUCAGAUCUGCUCUUUGCUUCAUCAAAGGUACAAAGAUUUCUCACCAAGUCUGAUACAAGGGCUCCUGAAAGUCUUCUUUCCUGGAAAAUCUGGGGAUGAUUUGGAUGCAGACAGGAACUUGAAGGCAAUGAAGAAGCGUAGUACUUUGAAACUUCUUCUGGAACUUUACUUUGUUGGAGUUAUAGAAGACAACGGAAUCUUUAUCAAUAUCAUUAAGGAUCUUACUAGCACGGAGCACUUGAAGGACCGAGAUGCUACUCAGACAAAUUUAACUCUUCUUGCUAGUUUUGCUCGACAAGGGCGAGUGUUUCUAGGGCUUCCAAUUUCUGGACAAGAAAUUCUAGAAGAGUUCUUUAAAGGCCUCAAUAUCACAGCAGAUCAGAAGAAAACUUUUAGGAAGGCCUUCCAUGCAUAUUAUGAUGCUGUCACUGAACUUCUCCAGUCUGAGCAUGCGACACUUCGCCAGAUGGAGCAUGAGAAUGCCAAGAUUCUAAAUGCUAAAGGAGAGCUCAAUGAAGAAAAUGCAUCUUCAUAUGAAAAGCUGCGAAAAUCUUAUGAUCAUUUGUACCGCAAUGUCUCAUCUUUAGCAGAAGCACUUGAUAUGCAGUCUCCAGUGAUGCCAGAGGACAGUCACACAACUAGGGUUACUACUGGAGAGGAUGCUUCAUCUCCUGCCACUGGAAAAGAGUCUUCCACCCUUGAAGCUAUAUGGGAUGAUGAGGACACUAGAGCGUUCUAUGAAUGCUUACCAGAUCUCAGAGCAUUUGUCCCAGCCGUAUUAUUGGGAGAAGCCGAGCCCAAAGGGAUCGAGCAAACGUCAAAGGCACAAGAGCAACCAACUGAUUCCUCUACUGAAGCAGAUCAAAGUACUGCAGUUGCCCAAGAUGCUGUGGAGGCUUCUGCAGACUCUGGCAAUUUGCAAGAAGGGAAAAGUGUGGAGAAAGGGAAGGACAAAGAGGAAAAGGACAAAGAAAGGACUAAAGAUCCAGACAAGGAGAAAGGGAAAGAAAAAGACUCUGAUAAAAAAGGAGAAAAUGAAAAAGAGAAGCUCAAAGGUCUUGAAGGAACAAAUCUGGAUGCUCUACUGCAAAGACUCCCAGGUUGUGUGAGCCGUGACCUCAUUGAUCAACUUACGGUGGAGUUCUGUUAUUUGAAUUCAAAAUCAAAUCGAAAAAGGCUUGUGAGAGCAUUGUUUAAUGUCCCAAGGACAUCUUUGGAAUUGCUGCCAUACUACUCCCGCAUGGUUGCAACAUUGUCAACUUGUAUGAAGGAUGUUCCCUCUAUGCUCUUGCAGAUGUUGGAGGAAGAGUUCAACUUCUUAAUUAAUAAAAAGGAUCAAAUGAACAUUGAAACAAAGAUCAGGAAUAUAAGGUUUAUUGGAGAACUUUGCAAGUUCAGGAUUGCACCCGCUGGCCUUGUUUUUAGUUGUCUGAAGACAUGUUUAGAUGAUUUCACUCAUCAUAACAUUGAUGUCGCUUGCAAUCUUCUUGAGACAUGUGGUCGUUUUCUAUAUCGGUCUCCUGAAACUACCAUAAGAAUGGCUAACAUGUUGGAGAUCUUGAUGCGCUUGAAAAAUGUAAAAAAUUUGGAUCCUCGACACAGCACGCUAGUAGAAAAUGCUUACUACCUAUGCAAGCCACCUGAAAGAUCUGCACGGGUCUCUAAAGUCCGUCCACCAUUGCACCAGUAUAUUAGAAAAUUGCUAUUUACAGAUCUUGAUAAGUCUUCCAUUGAGCAUGUGCUGAGGCAACUUCGUAAAUUACCAUGGGGUGAAUGUGAAUCAUACCUCUUAAAGUGCUUCAUGAAGGUUCACAAGGGGAAAUAUGGUCAGAUUCACUUGAUUGCUUCUCUCACUGCUGGUUUGAGUCGCUACCAUGAUGAAUUUGCUGUUGCUGUUGUUGAUGAGGUUUUGGAGGAGAUUAGGCUUGGUCUGGAAUUGAAUGAUUAUGGGAUGCAGCAGAGACGCAUUGCUCAUAUGCGUUUUCUAGGGGAGCUAUACAACUAUGAGCAUGUUGAUUCUUCUGUCAUCUUUGAGACACUCUAUUUGAUUCUUGUUUUUGGCCAUGAUACAGCAGAGCAAGAUGUCCUCGAUCCACCUGAGGAUUGUUUUCGAAUCAGGAUGGUUAUUACUCUUCUUCAGACAUGUGGGCACUACUUUGACCGAGGUUCUUCCAAGAGAAAACUUGAUAGAUUCUUGAUACACUUCCAGAGAUAUAUUCUUAGCAAAGGUGUCUUACCACUGGAUAUUGAAUUUGACUUGCAGGACUUAUUUGCAGAAUUACGUCCCAAUAUGACCCGAUAUUCAUCCAUGGAAGAAGUUAAUGCUGCUUUAGUAGAACUUGAGGAACAUGAACGCACUGCUUCAACUGACAAAACAAGUAGUGAGAAGCACUCUGAUACUGAAAAGCCUAGCAGGACAACUGCCCAUUCCAUCUCAGCCGAUCGACCAAGCAUUUGGAAUGGUUCUGAGGAAAAUGGUGGAGUGCAUGAGGAGACCGGUGACAGUGACAGUGAAUCAGGGAGUGGCACCAUUGAGCCAGAGGGUCAUGAUGAAGAUUAUUUAGAUGAAGAGAAUCAUGAUGAUGGAUGUGAUACUGAUGAGGAGGAUGAGGAUGAUGGUGGGCCUGCUUCUGACGAGGAUGAUGAAGUUCAUGUCAGGCAGAAGGUAGCAGAGUUGGAUCCUCAAGAAGUGGCCAAUUUUGACCAGGAGCUCAGGGCUGUAGUGCAGGAGAAGUUGGAGCAGCGGAAGCUGGAGCUUCGGGGCCGACCUACACUAAAUAUGAUGACAAUGAAUGUGUUCGAGGGUUCUACCAAAGAUCAUCAUGGAAGGGUAGUUGGAGGGGAAAGUGGUGAUGAAGCAUUGGAUGAAGAAGCUGGAGGAAGCAGAGAGGUUCAGGUGAAAGUUCUAGUGAAGCGAGGGAACAAACAACAGACGAAGCAAAUGUAUAUUCCUCGUGAUUGUACUCUUGUCCAGAGCACAAAACAGAAAGAAGCAGCCGAGUUUGAAGAGAAACAAGAUAUCAAGAGGCUGGUCUUGGAGUAUAAUGACAGGGUAGAGGAGGAGAAUAAUGGACUCGGAACACAGACAUUGAAUUGGCCAAGUGGGAAUAGCAGAGUUUACGGCCGUGGAAACUCAUGGGAAGGGUCCAGCGGCAGGAGUGGUGGACCACGUCAUCGGCAUCAUAGCCAUUCAGGAAGCGGAGCUUAUUACGGCAGAAAAAAGUGAGUUCUGCUAUAGGAAAUUGAAAAUUUUGAUGCGUGGCCUUCAUCAUAUUCAAGCACAUGUUGCCUACAACAGAGAAAAGAUUGAGAACAACAUCGGCAUGAGCUGUCGAACAGCCAGAUAGGUGAAUGAUCUUUUCCAGGUCCAAUAUGAAAUGGAAUUUUGGUUAUACUUUUUCCAUGAGACACCAAUCAAUCGUGCGGUUCAACAAGAUGACUACUGUUUUAUCGAUUUCGUCGUAUAGGCAAGGAAUAUAUAUAUAUAUAUAUAUAUAUAUCUGACCUGAUUUGCUAGUAGAAGGGUAUAGGCUAUUAAUUGGGAGUAUAUUCAGGGGAUUGCUGUGUGUGAUUUUGGAAUGAUGAACUGCCCUGAUAAAAAGCUUAUGGAGUCCUGUGAUUAUAGUGAUUCCCUGUAUUUAGUGUUGUAUACCUGUUAAAAGAAGGAAGAAAUGGUUUGAUUCGACAUCGUUUUAUACCCCCAAAGCUAACGUUCAAAAGACCAUUUUGUUUAAUAUAGAAAAUAUCAGUGGCUCUUUUAUGAUGGGUCGGAUAGUGCCUGAGUUUGUACUUUCACUUCUUAGCACUUCCUUUCUAUAUGCAUUGACAGUGAAGGAUAUGAUUUGUGACAGAA